GCCACUUUUUCCCCAAUGAGUAGUUUGCUCGGGAUAGUAAGUCUCGCGAUAUUUGACGUGUUUUGGUGGGCGAAGGGGAAGCAUUGCGGAAGAGGAGGAGGCUCACAAACCAAGCUAAUUAUCCGUCUCAAUAGCAGCUGCUUUGUCACCUUUUUACGAUUUGACCCAACACCGGGAAAGGAAGGAGUAAAGAUGACCGCCGCGCCUUACAACUACUCUUAUAUCUUCAAAUACAUCAUCAUUGGUGACAUGGGAGUGGGCAAGUCGUGUUUGCUGCACCAAUUCACCGAGAAGAAAUUCAUGGCUGACUGCCCACACACCAUCGGUGUCGAAUUUGGCACCAGGAUCAUGGAGGUCCAUGGCCAGAAGGUCAAGCUGCAGAUCUGGGACACUGCGGGCCAGGAGCGCUUCAGAGCCGUCACCAGGUCCUACUACAGAGGGGCUGCCGGGGCCCUCAUGGUCUAUGACAUUACCAGGAGAAGCACCUACAAUCAUCUCAGCAGCUGGUUGACAGAUGCCAGGAAUCUGACCAAUCCUAACACGGUGAUCAUUUUGAUUGGCAACAAAGGCGACCUUGAAGCACAGAGAGACGUCACGUAUGAGGAAGCCAAACAAUUUGCCGAUGAGAAUGGUUUGCUGUUCCUUGAAGCCAGCGCCAAGACAGGCGAGAACGUGGAGGAGGCUUUCCUCGAGGCGGCCAAGCGGAUCUACCAGAACAUCCAGGACGGCAGCUUGGACCUGAAUGCCGCCGAGUCGGGAGUGCAGCACAAGCCGUCAGCGCCGCAGGGGGGACGACUCAAUGCGGACAGCCAACCACCCAAAGACGGAUGCAGCUGCUAACCCACCAAAGGACUGAUGGAUGGACGGUCGGACGGACAGAUUGCUUCUUUUUGCUUUGCCAGCUCUCUUGAUCGGGAGUCUCUCUGAACUCACUUGAAUCCCUGUUUCAUUCUGGACCCCCCUCAAUGAGCGGCAAGUACAUUUCAAAACAUGUCAGCUUCAUCCCAGAAUUCCCCAAACCAUAAUUAUUUCUGCCUGUGGGAGUAAAAUUGGACAUCUUAUAUUCCAGGAGGGUCUCUCUGAACCACAAAGAGUGCCAGAGGCCCUUUUUGUCAUCUGCAUCUUUCACCUAGUUCAGUCCAGAUGUCCUGUUUUCACUUCAUUAGACAUGUUUGUCCCGGACCGAUAGAGCUUCCAAACAUCUUCCGAGUCCGAAGCCCGCUGGGACUCGAAUUCCUACCCCACAAUUGAUUCGGUUGUUCCAAAAACCCUUCGGUCAGUGCCGCAAAAAUCUGGAAUGAUCAAAGAUUAGGUAAAGGGCCAGACAUUCCAAGUAAUGUCUCUUAGGGACCGUAAGUGCGCACGUAAUUCGAGUCUGAAGUCCUUAUUGGCAACAUUACCGAACCACAAAAGGUGGACUAAGUAGGUUUUAGAGCAGGUCUUCGGCUCUGGUCACAAAGAUAUAUAACUGUAAGACGGAAUGUCAAGGUUUCAGAAAGUCCACAAAAAACAUUUCAUUUGGACUGACAGAUUGUACACGUCUCCUGUCCAUGAUCCAUCUAGAUUGUCAUUAGCAGACCCUAAAUGUGUACUAAAUAAGUCCUAAACAAGGUCUUGUUCAGUCGUAACCAGAUGGAACCACAAUAAUUGCUGAAUGAGGCCAUGUUUCAGACAGUCUACCAAGAACCUUUCUUCUGGACUGGAAGAUCUCGCACGUUCCAGGUCCAAGGUCCACCAAGAGUCAUUGUCAAACCAUACGUGUUUGUGACUAACAAGGUCCUAAACCAGCCGUCCUUAAAGGCGGGUUAGAUAGAACUGGGAAUGAUUGCAUAAUGUACUAUGGACUGUCUUCAUGAAACGUUUCCUCUCAGUCUGGGCAGCAACAACAAAAAUAAUUGUGGACUAGGAACGUUGUACUAGUACAGACAAUCCAAAAAGAAUAUUUAUUCUGGACUGGAAGAUCUUUUAGUGCUCCUUGAGUUUCAUUUCCUGACCACAAACACGGAUGAAGGAGAUUUUAAACGCCGUCCUUUAGUCAAUCUAUUAUUAGAACAGAAAUAAUCCAAAAUGCCAAACCAGAAUCUUUAGUUGUAGUGGUUCAGUUACUGCUUCAACCCCUUUUUGUGUUUUCAUCGUAACUCUCUCCUUAAAAGCAAAGCGCGGUCCAAGAAAGGUCUCUGAAGGAACAUGCAAACCUUUUGAACAUAAUGGCAAUGAUUACCUUUUUAAUAUUGUAACAUUCCUUCACGUCCGAAUCAAGGAUUUCUUUUUGAGCGACCAAAAAUGUGGUAAUUCACUUCCACUUUCUUUCCUGAUGUAGCAUUCCGGGUACGGUAGCUUCCUUCACUGAUGGGCCUUUGCUAAAGCGACACAUUGCUUUAGGCCUGACGAAUUAACGCUAAAUGGUAUUUGUUCACGUUUGCGAGUUGUGCUGCGUUCCGAUUGGUCGAUGGCAGCCCAGCUCUCAGAAGGCUUUUUUUUUGUGUCUCUAAACGUAUAGCGGCAUACAUUUUUAAUUCAAGGUCUGCCGUUGACAGCUGUAGACGUCCAGUCCAUUUGAACUGGGAGGGCUAGCAUUUUAGUCAAAUUCACAUUAGAAGGCAUGGGAUGAGCCGCGAUUGGACGUCUAUCAUCGGCAAUGGCAUCGAAAGUUGAUUUUUGCUUCUGGGAGGCACUGAUUUAAGUCUAAAUCCAGUCUUCAUCUUUAAUCAGUGUAAUCUCAAUUAAACAUUAUAGUUGCUAUUUAAGAAUUGUAUCCAGAGAAAUUUGGGUAAUUCUUAAAUCUGCAAGGAUCUACUUCAGUCAUAAUACAUGAAAUCCAUCGUAAUAGUUUCCAUCACCUUUAAAUGUUCUAAAAAUACUUUUCAAAAUAAUGCAGUCAAAAUCAAUUUUAAGUUUGAAGUCUUUGUUUAAAGGCAUAUUGUCCAGCACCAUUACCAGCCUCUCGGGGGCGCUGUCUUAACGUCGUGCGUAAACAAAUGUGACUUGGAUUUUUUUAAUUUAUACUGUAUAGCACGUAUGUACGCACAUUCCUUCUAUGAGCUACCAGCGAGGGGGAUUCACAUCUUUGUAAAUAAAUACAGACUCCAUGUUUAGUCAUAUGGGUUGUCACGUUUUAAUGAAUAAAAUAUUCAUUUCAUGGACCUUACUCUUAGGCUUGUUUUAUUCUGUGUAUUUUACUCAUGGGGAGAAAAAAAUGCAAACAUUUAACUUAUUGACAUUUGAGCUUUUCAUUCAUCCAAUAUUUUUAUGCUGGCCUCAUCAUCAAAGUUUAGAUGAAGCAGUAAAGUAACACUUAACGACUGUACGUUGCUGACAAUGGCAGCGUUACUUGUGUGAAUCUUUCAGCCCAUUUAUGACCUGGUGCUGAGCUGGUGUCGUUGGCCAAAAUGCCACGACAAAGUUCAGUUUGAUUGACAUGUCAAUCGACCUACGUGGCGAGGCUCUUUUCACCCGGCCGCUCAGUUUCCUGCUCGUACUCAA